AUGGCAAAUAAGUUGGAUGAGACUUCCAAGCAUAUGCUUCAGAGCACGAUACACAUAUUACAUUCAGCAAACAUAAACUCAAAUACAAGAAAAGAGGGUAGGGGUUGGAGUGGUGGUGGUGGUGUUGAGGGUGGCUUUGGGGAUGAGAAGGGACCGGAGAGAGAGAGAAGAAGCAGAGGCAGAGGAGGAGGCGUGAAUUCUCUGUAG